GCUAUUUAUUUAAGAAUAAAGUAGAGAGCAUUUGGCUUACUAAUUAUCCUUAUCAUCAGAACAAUCAGUUUUAUCAGACUAUUGAUUUAAUGUAAAGAACGAAAUCACAAGACGUGAAGCCAUCAAGUGGUAGCUACCACAGUGUGUUUUAAACAACACACAACAGUGUUGCAACAACACUAGACAAUAGUUCAAACAUUAUUGUCGUAUGAAGAAUUUAUUACACCCUAACUCGUGUGCGUUCAUUUGGAUUUAAAAAUGCUUCAUGGCAAGUCAAUUUACACGAUAAAGGAAGAAUUCCAUGACACAUGGCAUGCCCACUUGUAUUCCAAGCCACCCGCUCAACCAACGCCGCAUUUCAUCAACGACAUCUUGGGACUGUCGAAGACGGAGAGCGAAGGACGAACAACAUUGGAGAAAAAAGAUGAAAAAUCUGCGUGCUCUCGUAAAGCAAGGGUGAAAUCAAAAAACAGAUUACGCAGUGUUAAGGCACCAUUUAAGCUCGAUGCAUUUGAUGGAGACGUUGACAAACGACAAAAUGUUCCCAGCAAGUCAGAAAAAAAAGAUUCAAUAACGAAGACAGGAAACAAUAGCAAACAGAUAAAGUCAAAAGUCGACACGAAGUUAGAAAUGAAAAAGAAAAAGAAAGCCAGAACAACCUUUACAGGUAGGCAAAUAUGGGAACUAGAAAAUACUUUUAGAGAAAAGAAAUACUUAACACCAGCUGAAAGAACGGACCUCGCUGAACUAUUGAAUGUCACCGAAUGUCAAGUAAAAAUUUGGUUUCAAAACAGACGCACAAAAUACAAGAAAUACGAAACACCUUCAACAAACGACAACUAUAGCGAUGAAUCGCGAAGCAUCAAGAGUGUUUCACCAACAAAUUGCAAAUGCUCGAGUGUUGAUGGCGAAAUUUCUCCAGGAAUUAAACCAUUGAGCAGGAAAAAUGACAAUGAUGGAGAAGUUGACCUUAGAAAUAGUGGGAAAGAUAAUUCUACUGAAGUCGAUGAUAUUGAUGCAAAUGUUGCAACUGAAGAUUCUUCGAUAGAUAAAGCAGAUAUUAUUUAAGUAUCAUAUUAAUUGUAAAUUUCAUAUUGUGGAGAGUUGUCAGUCACAAUUUCUAUCAAAGGUAAUUUGGAAAAAUGCAUAGGUAUCUAUAUACCUUUUUUUGUGAGUGCUUUUCAUAAGUUUUAUAAAAGAUUGCAAAGUUUGAAUACAAGACGUGUGUUAUGUAACAAAAGAUCAUGAGAAAUGUGUGCUUGCAGUUUGUGAAAUGUAUUGUCGUGGUUAUCAAAAUAAAGAAAAUAAAAUUGAAAAAUGGA